CAACUAUUAUUUGUAAUUGUGACGCCGAAAAUGCUGGGUGCAAUGUUGUCGUCUCAUUAUCGUAAAACCUUUAUUAGUUGCUUUCUGUGUAGUCGUUUACGCAGUCAGGAUUAAUUUCAUGGAUCAGGCGCCUUUAAUACUGGAUCAGAUAUGCGCGUUUGGUGCAUGAUGUGAUUUGUUUGCAGAAUGAUUAGUUAACGGGACAGUCAGUCAGUCAGUCAGUCGUACUCGCUACGGAUAUCUUGGCGACUAUGACUGCUUUCGGUCAGUGCAAGUCUUUUAAUGGUUUGGUGCACGAUAGCAGGUUAAUUACCAUAUCUAUGCGAGAUUAGCUCACCCACUGGCUGAGAGAGUGACUCCGAUCUCAGGUUACUGCCAGUUAACAAAUGUUGUUAUUUUUAUUGGAUGAAUGAAUGAGUGAGAACAGAGCUAGCUGCCGCACAGUGGUGUUUUGUUGGUGCAAUGGAUGAGUAAGGCUCAAAGAUGUGUCAGGUUAGUAGCUGUUUUCCAGGUGUCGGCAGCGCAUGUAAUGCUGGCUGAUAAAAAUGCGAUGUGGACCAAGAUGAUGUUGAACAGACCAAAGCACUGCCAUCAGUAACUGAGAAGCAGUGCCAGCAGAAGGUCUCCCUCUAAUGGAUUUUUGCAGUAAGAACUCAAAUCGCACAGCCCCGGUGAGAGAGGGGGGACCCAGGCGAGCUGAUGUGCCACUGUGCUCUCGGACCAAUGGUUGGAGUUGGCCCCCUCACCCCUUCCAACUGCUGGCCUGGCUGCUUUACCUGUACUUCGCUGUCACUGGUUUUGGUGUGUUAGUGCCUCUGCUCCCCACACACUGGAUCCCAGCUGGAUAUAUUUGUACAGGGAUCACAUUUGUCUGUCACCUGUUUAUGCAUCUGAUGGCAGUCUCCAUUGACCCUGCAGAUUAUAAUGUCAGAGCUAAGAGUUAUAGGGGACCCAUGCCGCUUUUUGACAACACCAAACAUGCACAUGUCAUCGAGAACUGUCACUGCUACCUCUGUGAAGUGGAUGUGGGCCCAAAAUCAAAACACUGUAGUGUGUGUAAUAAGUGUGUAGCAAGCUUUGACCAUCACUGUAGAUGGCUGAACAACUGUGUAGGCAGCAGGAACUACUGGCUUUUUCUCAAUAGUGUGAUCUCUGCUCUGCUGGGAAUUGGUUUGGUUGUAGUUAUUGGCAGUUAUGUUUUUAUAGAGUUCUUUCUUGACCCAUCAAAACUCCGAUCUGACAAGCACUUUCUACAGGUGAAGAAUGAGUCUGUGGUUUGGUUUGUGUUUCUGCCAGUGGCUCCAGUUACCACAGCAGGUCCAGCCAUCCCUGCUCUGGCAGGAGUCACCAUUGCUCUAGGCGUACUGUCUGCACUUUUGCUGGGCCACUUACUCUGCUUCCACAUAUACCUCAUGUGGAACAGACUUAGUACAUAUGAAUAUAUUGUGCAACAGCGACAUCGGCAAGAGGCCAUAGAUUCCAGAAAGGCCCAUCCAGAGAAUGGAUCUGCCGUUUCAAAUUUGAAUCUUAUCAAGCAGCAAGUCAGUUAUACUGGAACGCUUGGCUACACCAACCCUGAGAUGGAGGUAGAGGAUCCAUCUGCCAUGAGCUCCCAAGGAGGUUCAUUCAGGCGUUAUGGCAACGGCAGGGUCAGAGGUCUGUCCGAGCAAACGGGUGAAACAGAGCUCUUCCCUGCUGUCUCAACAGAACACAAAGCAUCACCUCGCCCUCACAAACACACACAGAAAAAAAAGAAGAAAGUUUGCAAACUUGCAGCCGAGAUGAGCAGUGACAGGUCCACUGACACCAGCAACACCAGAAUCAUGUCAAAGACUUCUGCUGAGCGGGAUUCCUCUGUAGCUGCCGCCACUGUGUCCUCCAAUUUUGGUCAACGCUUACCCUUUCCAGCAUUUCCCCUGCGGGCCUACCUCCCCCCUCUUGCACCUGUACAGGCCGCUGGCCCCCCUGCUGAGUAUCAUUCUGACUCCGCAGAAUCUUUGGAGGAGAUCCCUGUAGCAAUGGCACGGCUUGGCAGCGCUGCCCUGGCAGGGGCUUCGACCCCCAUCUGCAAUACUGCUGCUGCUGCUAGUUCCUCUACUCUUCAGUGUGCUUUGCCUCCCUUAGCAACUGGACAACCUCUACCCUCCCCUCAGCCCAGGACCAAGAGUAAAGCAGCAGCUCGUAAAGCUUCAGAGCAGAGGAUUGAGAUGGUGUCUCAUAAUUCAUGUGUGUUCGUGAGUCGAGAGAGCGGAGAGCCUGCCCUGCCUCGAGAAGGCAUUAGUGCUGAGGAAAGUCCCUGUGUGGCCAAACGCAAACAGACAGGUAAAAAGAGAAGCGUGGAGGAUCCUAAGCUCAGCUCCAGAGGAGAAACCCUACUGGCAUAGCAAAACAAUACACCACAGAGAUGCAACACUCCUAGUCAGGACACAAAUGCCUUGUUAAUUUAUAAAAAAUAAAUUUAGUUGCUUUGAAAAUACGAGGAUCACAUAAAGACUGAUGUAGCACAGAGGACCUAAUGCAACCUAUGCAAAUACCACCUAAAUAUCAGCAAUGAAGCUGGAGAGCAAUUAGGAAUUAAGAGGGCCCACAGUUAUCUCAGAGUGAAGACAAGGCUGUACUUUGUCAUCUGAUCUUUUGCUGGUCUAAACCACUAAUGCUGGUAGUCAUCGGUCAAUGGCAUUUACUCUCAACUCCCAAUUCUGAAAGCUGAAAUAGACAUGUUUAACAGAGGUCUGAUCUCGGAAUAGUAUCAUUUAUAGAAAUAUUCCGGAGGUUGUGAGAUGUGAAAGCUGAUUGUGGAUCUUAAGCCUUGGACUUCGACGCACAAUCCCUUAAUUAAUCUAUUGAGGAAUCCUAGCCACUAUGUACAUUACAAACUAACUUAUUUAGUCUUUCAGUAAUUCCAAUACAUUUCACUUCAAUUUUGCUGUAGCAUUGUAAAAAUAUGUUUAAUGCCAAAGUUAAUUUAUGAAAAAUCUAAGAUGAAACAUGCUUGUUGUCAAAUUAUUUUAAUUUUCCUUGUUGUUGUUUUUUUGACAGUAUUUGUACUUUUUGGAAUAAAGUUACCUUAUAUUUUUUUUUAUUAUUAUUCAUAUUAUUAUCAUUAAUCUUAUAUUUAUUUUUUGUCUUGUUUUUAUAAGCUUUUAUAUGUCUGGCUGUUUGAAUCAGAUCAACAUUUUUGUUUGGGUGAACUUGAGUCUACACUAUGUACUAUGGAGUGUACUUGUGAUCAUGAUAAUCUCUGUUAUUAUACCCUUUUGAAACUUCUAGGUGUGAGACAGUGAAAUAAUGAGUAAGAGACAAUGUUUGUCUGAGGGGGAAGCAAUACAAAAAUAUGAAGGAUCUUUAGGAUAUUUAAAAUAAUUAUUCCACCAAUUUCUUUUUAAGGAAUAUUCUGGGUUCAAUAGAAUUUAAAUUAAAUCGACAGCAUUUGUGGCACAAUGUUGGUUACCUCAAAAAUAAUUAUGACUCUAAUUAUGACUCCUUUUCUUAAAACAAAAAACAAAAAUUGAGGUUCCAGUGAGGCACUUACAAUGGAAGUGAAUGGGGGCCAAUUUUUAGAGGGGAAAUAUGAAGCUUACAAUUUUAUAAAAGCACUUGCAUUCAUUUUUCUGUUAAAACUAUUUAAGCUGUAAAAUUGAUAAAUUAUCAUUUUGACUGUCGGUUUAGGGUUUGUUGACAUUACAUUGUCAUGAUAACAAUGUUGUAAAUUUAGAUAUAAGUUUCUUAUGCCACAAAUGCUGUCGAUUGAGCUUAACUUGAAUUGAACCCGAAAUAUUCCUUUAACUACAUUUGCUGCUCAGUCAUCAGUGAAAAAGAUUUCAAUAGUUCACUGUUUUUGUUUUUUUUAAAAAUCAUAAUGAUAUAAAAUCUGAAGAACAAGUGAUGUAUUUUUGUAAAAUGUGCCUCAAAACCAUCUUUUAAUAAAUGUUUGCACUGUGUAAGACUUCAGAUAUAUUAGGAAUUUUUAAGGGAUGGACUAUCUAAAAUGUGGGGACACUCUUUCUUUAAUGAAUACAGUAAUCAGGACAUGUCUCGCAGUCAGAGACCAGAGCAAUUCUUGUGUUGACUAAAACAGCAUUGUUUAUUUUUGGAAUAGAAUACUAUCAAACUUUUCUGUGUUGUCUAUACUACAUACAUUUGUUUUAAAUGUAUGUGAAAGAGUAUGCAGUGUGCAACAAAUAUUUCAAUAGUGUACUAGAUUGUUGUCACAUGGCAUGAUUAAUUUAGUGUGCAAUGAUCAUCUAAGAAAGUUAACUUUUUUAUUUAUAUUAUGUUUGGCCAUCCAAUAUAAAGAUGUUAUUGCUCACUAUGGAAUGUAAUGAAAUGCACAGAAAUAGUACAGGUAGUACAG